AUGGAUACCGCGACCGCAAUAUUCACACCCAAAGAUGGUGAUCCUACCCAAAGUCUAACAGGUCAAUUCAAUUUUACUCAAAUUACUUCUACGAAAGUUCAUGUCAGUGGUCAAUUAACAAGUGGGAUGUUCAAUAAAGACAUCAAGAAUUAUAAAUUUUGGAUUGCAGACAGUCUUGGGCUCCUUUUUUAUGAGUUGUCUGAAGGAUUCAUUAAAAACAAUGAAGGAUGGAACGUUAAUAGCAACGGAGGGACUAGCGUUUUACAAAGUGAUUUUGAAGGAUUUAGCGUUAAUGGAACUUAUGGAAUCGUUAAUCUAAUAUUAUACAUUUCUUUAAUUGAUGAGAUCCUUGGAUCGGCUCAGAUUAAAAAAGCU